AUGGCGGAUCUCCAGAGUCUAGAGACGACUCAAGUAACCAUGACGACCACAACCGUGACUACGUCGCCGCCUGCUACGGUGCAGGCGGUUGUUGAUGAAAACUCUCCAAAUAAUGGUAUGGCAGCACGACCACAUCCAUCAAUAUAUUGGACCGUGGAUAGUCUGUUGAGAAAACAUGCUGCUGAAGAUGAAGAUAUACCGAUGAUUGGAUAUCCUGCCACGGGAGCAGCAGAUUAUGAAGUAUACACCGCGAAAAUAGUGAACAGAUAUGUGGACGCCGCAUCUCCAGCAUAUGUGAGCCUAAUGAAAUUAGCUAAUUGUGCCACAAUCGUGGCGACACCCCAAUACAACACCGUCAUCGAGGACAUGCGAUUGGAGAUGCAACUGACCUCUUUACCACGUAUCAACCAGCAGGACUACCGCUCGAUCUUCAAUGUUCCCAAGUUUUCCCGACCUUGCGACGCAGAGAGAGAAUCAAAAAAAGUCGCAUGGAUCAUUCAUUCGUCUGGCACGACUGGCUUUCCCAAACCUAUUUUCAUCACAAACUUCGGCUGUCUAGCAAACUGGCGUAAAGGACUCGGUUUUCGUUCUUUCACCGUCUCGCCCUUGUUUCACUCUCAUGCCCUUCAUGAGUUUGGUCGAGCAAUUUACGCAAAACGGCCAAUGUAUUUCGGCAAUCACCAAUUACCAGUCACCAGACAGAACUUACUUGCGGCCAUGAAAGUUGCCAAGCCAGAGAUGGUAUGUGCUGUCCCAUACGUGCUCAAAUUGCUAGCAGAAAAGGAGGAAGGUAUCGUGGAACUGGCCAAAGCCAAGAUCGUCAUGUAUGGUGGGAGUGCCUGCCCAGAUCCUCUGGGAGACGAGCUUGUCAGCAAAGGCGUUAAUCUGUCAGGGAACUAUGGAGCUACUGAAACGGGCUUCAUCAUGAACUCAUAUCGUCAACCGGGCACAGGUGACAACGAAUGGAACUACUUGAGACUCUAUAAGCCUGUCGCAGACCAUGUGCUGAUGGACGAGAUCUCACCUGGUAUUUUCGAAUGUGUUGCAUUGGAUGGUCUACCAAGCAAAGUUGCCACGAACACUGACGAUCCGCCAAACGCAUUCAGAACGAAGGAUCUUUUCAAACGACAUCCUGAUCCAGCGAAGUCGAAUUACUGGAAAUACGUCAGCAGACUCGACGACAGAUUGACCCUUGUCAACGGCGAGAAGGUCUUGCCUAUACCAAUCGAGGGGCACAUCCGAAAAAGUGAGCUCAUUAGAGAGGUCGCUGUAUUUGGCUUUCAGCGCACCGUACCUGGUGUUAUCGUCUUCCGCAGUGAGCAUGCACAACACCUCAGCGACGAAGAUUUCUUGGAAAGGAUAUGGCCACAGAUAGAAGAAGCAAACAGCCAAGCUGAGACUUUCUCACGUAUACCAAAAGACCUAGUUGUCGUGCGACCUGCUGACGAAGUCUACCCGAAAACAGAUAAGAACACCAUAAUUCGAGCACAAAUGUACGAACAAUACAAAGAUAUCGUUGCACAAGCUUAUCAGCAAUUCGAAUCAGGUGCGCCUGCACAAUCAGACAAACCGCUCUUACAACUUGAGCUCCCUCAACUCGAAGAUUUCCUCCUCACGAAAUUCCGCAAUGAUCUCAAUGUACCACUAGAAUCGGCAAAUAGCGAUAUCUUCUCAGCAGGCGUGGACAGCUUGCAAACAACCAGGAUAUGGACCAUGAUCAAGAAAGAGCUGGAUAUUGGUGGGAAUGCAGACAAACUAUCGCAAAACGUUGUCUUUGAGAGAGGGACUGUUCGCUCACUUGCACAACAUAUUUAUAAUAUACGACUUGGGAUUGACGAUAGUGAUACCGACGCAAGCGAGGCGAAGAUUACAGUCAUGCAAGACCUGCUCGAUAAGUACAGCACAUUUACGCCGCACGAUCCUACUGGUAAGCCGAAAGUCAACGCAAAAACAGUUCUUUUGACAGGUGUCACUGGUGGUCUGGGCUCAAUCCUCCUCGCCAAUCUCCUCAGACGCGACGAUAUCUUACGCAUAUACUGCCUCGUCCGUGCUUCCGACCCAUCAACAGCUCAGGAUCGUGUAUUCACAGCACUACAUUCUCGCAACCUCCUCUCGUCCCUAACUCAUGGCCAGACCGAUCGCAUCGUCGCUCUUGCAUCCGACCUCUCCCAGCCCACCCUUGGCCUCGACGAGACACACCUCACCCAGCUCCUCAGCAGCGUAACACACAUCAUCCACUCCGCCUGGGCCGUAAACUUCAACCUGCCCCUGCUCUCCUUCGAACCACAACACAUCCGCGGCGUCUACAAUCUAAUCGAACACAUCGCUCUUCGCACCACGCACUUCACCCCAGCCAAAUUCUAUUUCUGCUCUUCCAUCUCCGCCGCUUCAGGUACACCAAAACCAGCCACGAUCCCCGAAACACUAAUCUGGGACCUGCACCACGCACAACACAUGGGCUACGGCCGCUCGAAACUCGUCGCGGAACGAAUCACGCAUGCUGCUAUGAAGACCGCAAACCUUACCAGCCGUGUAUUACGUAUUGGUCAACUCGCGGGCGAUACAGUGAAUGCAUACUGGAAUGAUACCGAAGCCAUUGCGCUCAUGAUCCGGUCAGCGCUGCCGAGUUCUGCAGGCUGUCUACCUGCUCUUGAUGAAUCUCCUAGCUGGUUACCGGUCGAUAAAGCUGCUGAAGUUAUCGAGCAGCUUGCUUUUGAGGCAUGUGAAAGGUGUGAGAGGAGGAAUAUAGAUCUAGCGUAUCAUAUCCUCAACCCAGCAACGUUGAGUUGGAAAAGGGAUCUAGUGUCGAUGUUACAGAAUCAUUCAACGAUGCCAAAGUUCGAGGUUGUUGAGACCAAUGAGUGGUUGGAGAGGCUGAAAGCGAGUGAUGGAGAUGUUCGACGGAAUCCAAGUAGGAAGUUGAUGGACUUUUGGAAGGGUAAGUAUGGUAUUCACACGAAACCGGACCAGGUUCAGCCGGACGUUAGUGCAGAUGUGGAAGCUGGGGAGAAAACCAAAGAGGAAGGGGAUGUUGGUCAGGGCUUGAAGUUUGAGACAAAGUCGACUGUUCGAGAUAGCAGCGUGCUGGGUCAGGUGAAAGAUCCUGUAAGUGGUGGGCUGAUGGGUAGGAUCGUGGAUGUUUGGAUGAAGAGGUGGAAUGCUGAACUCGAGGCCCUGAAUAGAUAA